GCGCACGCCGGUCGGAGCGACAGCAAUCCCCCGCACGUGGCUCGAGACGACCUUCCCUGAGGGAACGGCGUCGUGCAGUGUGACGUUGUGACGGUGCCAGAGAAAGCAUGAGUGACAAGCGCGAGGGCCGAGGGAAGGGCUUCGGCACGCAGAUCUUCGACUCGAAGAACAUGAAGGGGCGGCAGGCGGAGGCCGGGCGCCGCGUGCAGCCCUCGGCCACCGGCAAGCACGCCAACGACCCGCCCGACGGAGGAACCAUAGGCGGCCUGCCCCUGGGCGGCGGGGCGCGCGCGGGCCGGCGGGGCAGUGUCGGGGGGCGCCGCGGCAGCCAGGACAACGGGCGCCGUGGCUCCGUGGACGCCGGCAAAGGGCGCCGCGGCAGCGUGGACAGCGGGGACGCCGAUAAGGACAAGGAGAAGGACAAGGAGAAAGCGGACUCGACGGGGGCGGCGUCGGCGGGGCUGACGGAGGACCGCGACUCCAUCAUCGAGAAGCAGCAGCGGCGCGCCAUCGCCCUCAGCCAGAAGGCGACUGGCCGCCUCGAGCACUGCGUCAAGACCCUGGAGCGCAUGGUGCCCGACCCGCCGUCCAUCCCGCCGCUGCCCUACCACCCGCUCAGGGACAUCGUCGACGAGGCAACGGGUUACACACCGCUGAUGUACGCAGCCCGUGAGAAUAAAAGCCAGUUUAUCGAGCGCCUCAUUGACCUCGGCUGCGACCCCAACUUCAAAAAUAAGGAUGGGUAUUCGGCGGUGCACCUGGCGGCCAUGUACAGCCGGGAAGACACAAUACGUCACUUGGUUCACAAGAAGGGCGACAUCAACGCUAUUGGUGGGCCCAGGGAUCAGACACCGGCUCACCUGGUGGCCAGUCGCAGCACAGGGGCCGCCGUGGCUCUGAUGAAGAUGAUUCUCAUGCAUGCUAAACACGACCUCAGGCUUACCAAGGACAGCCGCGGCGACAUCCCCCUCUUCCUCGCCGUCGACGCCGGCAACCAGGGCCUGAGCAAGGAGCUCCUCUUCCACCACGGACCCGAGCAAGUGAAGGCCAUAAGGGCGCACACGAAAGACACCGCCCUUCACAUAGCCUGCAGAAGGAGGGAGACCGAACUCGUGAGGCUGUUGGUCGAAGCCGGAGCCAACACGGACGAAAAGAACUCAGCGGGACAGACGCCGUUACACAUCGCUGCUGAGGAAGGCGAUGAGGCAACAGUCAAGUACUUCUACAGUGUGCAUGUCAACCCCAACCAUACUGAUAAUGACGACAAGACGCCCAUCCACAUCGCCGCCGAGCGAGGCUUCACGCAGAUCGUGGACACCCUCGCCGAGAAGUUCAAGGCGUCCGUGAUGGACAGAACCAAGGACGGGUCGACGCUCGUGCACAUCGCCUCACUCCACGGACACCCGGACACCGUCAUGACCUUCUUGAGGAAAGGAGUGCCUCUCCACAUGCCCAACAAGAGCGGUGCCAGAUGCAUUCACACGGCAGCGCAGAGAGGUCACGUGGGAGUAGUGAACGCCAUUCUCAACAAGGGGGAGCACGUUGACGUCACCACUAAUGAUGGCUUCUCCGCCCCACGUGUGGCCGUCCAGUCGGGGAAGCCGGCGAUGGUGGAGGCGCUGCUCGGCCACGGCGCCAACCUCACCAUGCAAGGUCAGGCGGCGCGCCGCCGCGAGUCCGCCCUCCACCUGGCGGCGCGGGUGAAGGACGGGGAGAAGUGCGCCGAGAUGCUCCUCAAGUCGGGCGCGGACGCCAACCUGCCCAAGGACGACGGCCAGACGCCCCUCCACCUCGCCGCCUUCCACGGGAACCUCCUCACGCUCAAGCUGCUCCUCGAGGACAACGCUAACCCGUCCCUCCAGUCCAAGACUGGCGAGACGGCCCUCCACCUGGCCUGCUCGUCCUGUCGCGUGGAGGUGGUGAAGGCUAUCAUAGAGUACGUGGCCAAGAAGAGCGGGAAGGACGCGGUGGCCAGGCUCAUCAACAAGAAGAACAACCUGGGCGAGACGGCGCUUCACUACACGGCCAGAAUCAACAAGCAGAACACGACCUUCAAGGCUGGAGACGACCAAGAAAUUGCGCAGAUUCUUCUCUCGAACGGCGCUGAGAUGAUGGUGGCCACGACCAAGGUCAAAAUAUGGACUCCACAAAAAAAGUUGUUGAACACAGGAGACUCCAGUCCAUUUUGUCUGGCAACGAUCAUGCUGCUGCUCACCGAAAUGCUCCACUUUGCUCCUCAUGAUAAGAUCCAGCAGCUGAUGAACGCGCAGACGGCGACCGGGCGAUCCCCCUUGCUCAACGCGUCCGACCACGGCCACGAGGGCAUAGUGACGACCCUCCUCGACCACCAGGCACGAGUGGAUGUGUUCGACCACGAGGGCAAGGCGGCGCUUCACCUGGCGGCCGAACAUGGCUAUAGACUGGUCUGCGACGCCCUCCUGCAGCACAAGGCCUUCGUCAACGCCCGAAGUAUGACAGGUCUGACAGCGCUCCACCUCGCUGCCAUGAGAGGCUUCAAGGGCCUGGUACAAAUCCUCAUCACCCACCACGCGGCGCAGAAGGAGGCGCUGACGCUGUCGAAGCAGACGCCGCUCCACCUGGCGGCCGAGGCGGGGAAGCUGGAGGUCUGCGACACCCUCCUCCAGCUGGGCGCCGACACCAACGCCACCACCGACGGGGGGCAGAAGGCCAUCCACUUGGCCGCCAUGAACAACUACUCGGAGGUCGUCAAGCUGUUCCUCAAGACGUCGCCUGACCUUGUGACCACGGCGGACAAGGACGGAAACACGUGCGCCCACAUCGCCGCCCUCAAAGGCUCCGUAGAUGUGUUGCGCGAGCUGAUGCGCCACAAUCGGGGCGUCGUCAUCAACGGCAGAAACCGCGUCGGGGACUCAACGCCGCUCCACCUCGCCGCAGAAGGAGGACACGCCAAGCUGGUCAAGUUCUUGAUCGAGAACGGAGCUUCGCCCAAGGCGGAGAAUGGGGCAGGGUUUACUGCGGUACACAUAGCAGCCAGAUAUGGCCACAUCCAAGUACUAGAUACGCUACGAGAAGUCACUAGUCUAAGAAUUAUUAGUAAAAAGCUUGGACUUUACGCACUUCAUAUCGCCGCUCAUUAUGGACAGUCAGAAAUCGUCAGAGAACUUCUUUCGCACAUUCCCGCCACCAUAAAAUCGGAGCCGCCCAUCCUCAGCGGCGGACGCCCAUUCCUCCCUGACUUAGGGGCGGAGGCGGACCUCACGCCCUUGCAUCUGGCCGCCCACCAAGGCAACGAGGGCGUCGUCAGAAUCUUGUUCAACAUCCCGGGCGUCCAACCUGAUGUUUCUUCCAGGCUCAAUGGCUACAUCCCCCUCCAUCUAGCGUGCAUCGGCGGCCACACAUCCGUGGUCGGUCUCCUGCUCUCCAAAUCGACCAAACAGGUAGCCAAAACGGACAAAGCGCGGCGCCGGACAGGCUACACAAGCGGCAGCCACGGACAUAUAACAUGUGAGCACGUCGAUGUCUACUCUUAUCUUAUCAACAAGAAACACGAUUCGUACAAGCUGUUGGAGGAUAAGAAGGUGAGGAAAAUACGUUCACGACCUGACUUUGUGAUGAGCAAGAAACACACCACCAAACCCCUGGAAGAGUUCAUCCUAAGGUCACCGGCGCCAGUUGACCUCGCUACCAAGUUGGCGCACACACUCCUCAUUCUCUCCGAUAAGAAAGAGAGCAGCAAAGACCUACUGGAAGCCUCUCUGUUCAGCGAAGCCCUGGCAACAGAACUGGUCGCCAUCUCCUCGGCCUCAGCGUCCCCCGGGCUCAUCCUCCGUGCCGUCGACAACAGGAAUGUGGUUCUGCUGGAUUCCCUGAUCGAGCACGAGCAGAAGGAGGUGAUCGCCCACCCGGCCGUGCAGCGCUACCUCACCGACGUGUGGAUGGGCAGCCUGGACUGGCCCAACUGGAAGAUGAGCGCCGUUUUCUUCGCUUUUCUACUCCUGCCUCCCGUCUGGAUUUUCUUUAGCAUGCCCCUUGGACACAUGUAUAACGAAGUCCCCAUCGUUAAGUUCCUCGCCUAUCUGGUCUCCCACGUCUAUAUGCUGCUCCUCAUGAUAAUUACUACAGUCACCCCUCUUAGUCCGAUAUGGGAGAAUACGAGCCUAAUGCCUAACUGGUACGAAUGGAUGCUUCUCCUGUGGCUGAGCGGGAACCUGGUGAUGGAGCUGACCAACCCAGGGGACAUAGCCGGCCUGGGGUGGAUCAAGGUGUUCGUGUUGGUGUUCUCUGGCUUCGGCGUCCUCGUCCACCUCAUCGGGUUCUUCUACCUGGGCGAGACGGACUUGCUGCUCGACAUGCUCUAUAUUAGGAACAACCUCCUCGCCCUGGCCAUGCUCCUAGCCUCCGUGCAGCUCCUCGACUUCCUGUCCUUCCACCACCUGUUCGGGCCGUGGGCAGUCAUCAUCGGGAAGCUCAUGGUCGACCUGGGCAUGUUCUUGGUCAUCCUCAUCAUCUUCGUGUUCGGUUUCUCGCUCUACGUGGCCGCCAUCUACAACCCGAUUCGGCCGAUCUACACGGAGCUCAACAACACGCAGGUCGGCACCGGGUAUCCUCCGUCAGAGGCCCCCAUCCAGACCCCCUUCCAGACGGGAGAGAUGCUGUUCUUCUCCCUCUUCGGUCUCGUGGAACCCGACUACAUGCCGCCCUUCUACAGCCACCCACCGUGGGCGCAGACGCUCAUGAAGAUCGUCUUCGGCAUCUACCAAAUGGUGACCGUGGUCGUGCUCAUCAACCUCCUGAUUGCUAUGAUGUCCGACACGUACCAGCGCAUCCAGGCCAAGAGCGACACGGAGUGGAAGUUCGGACUCGCCAAACUGAUCCGAAACAUGAGUCGGACUUCGGGCACGCCGUCGCCGCUCAACCUCAUCGUCAAGUUCACCGUCUACGUCAUCGCCUGCUUCAAGUUCAAAUGCAACCUCUGCUCCGAGCGCGCCAUGGAGUACAUGCGGACGGAGGGGCGGCCCGAGGAUCCCCAGCAGGCGGACAUCAAGGCGGAGUUCGGCGGAGGAUGGAUCAAGAAACUGCGCUCGAGGAGUAAGGCCAGCAUCAUGCCCCAGAGCACAGAGAACCUGGUCCCGAUGAGCAACAUGGAGGGGCCGCAGGGCGUUCGCAGGAUCGAGAACGUGAUCAAGUGGAGCCGCGUCGUGAACCGAUACCGGGCGAUGCACCAGAAGGAGGCCCUGCCCGGGGAGGAGCGCCAGGACAUGCCCAUGGAUUCGGUGCAAGAUCUGCAGGAGGCCGCGCUGCUCAACGGCGGGCCUGAGACCGAGCCAGCUUCUUCGGCUUAA